GCCCCCUAAUCACUCCCGUCUGCCCAGUGUGCACACCCAGUGUGAGUGGUGGGAGUGUUUUUGGGGGGGUCUAUAUUUAGUGAAUUGAUGUAAGCUGCAUGCCAGUGACAGCAGGCACAGUGACGCCCCCCGAUUUGCCUCAGUACUGGGGACCGUGAGGACCUGGCCAGAUCUAACUACCCAGGUUGACCCCUGAGCUCCUUGCAUCCCCCUAAGGAUACAGGUAUAACAACAAAGAAGAGAGAACCUUUGCACAGGUACGGAAUUUCUCCAUCCAGGUGCUUCACUGAGCUCCCUGGGGUCACCAUGUCACUGCACACCAUGAUGUCAGCCCGAGAGAGGCAGUUGCAGGCAGCAGCCAUUUGUCAAGAGAUCCAUGGUGGUACUAGCGAUAAUGAAAUUGACCUGGGGAGGAAGAUGAACACCCCUAAAGACAUCAUGCUGGAGGAGCUGUCCCUAUCCAGCAACAGGGGAUCCCGCCUCUUCAAAAUGCGGCAGAAGCGGUCAGAGAAAUACACCUUCGAAAACAUCCAGAACGAGGCCAACAUGCAAAUGAAUAAUGGUGUAGCUCCUCCAGCUCCCAGUACUGAAACAGAGGAAAACAAAAAUGAUGGCGACAGUUUGGAAGUGGAUCAGUCCCCAAAAACACCACCCAACACACCUGACCCGAGGACACCUCCAAACCCAGAGAGCAUCGCUCCAGGUUAUGGAGGGCCCUUGAAGGACGUGCCUCAUGAGAAGUUUAACAGCACAGCUGUCCCCAGGUCCUACCACUCUCCCUGGAGUCAGGCCAUCAUUGCUGACCCCUCCCUGGCUGACACUUUGAUCUCUAAGAUACCUGUCCCUGAACCCAAGCCAGAGGGUCCAGAAUACAAGAGUUUUAACAGGGUUGCGACUCCUUUUGGUGGUUUUGACAAGGCUUCCAAGCUGAUUACAUACAAGGCGCCUGAGGCAGACCCGAACCAAACCACUGCCCUCCCCAAGAUUCCAGAGUUCCAGGACACUGUGCUCAAGCGGCCCACCUUCAACCGGACGGCCAUGGGCUGGGUAACAGAGGGCACCCCGCUCAUCCUUCCAACAGUGGACCUGGAGCACAUGAUGAUCCCAGAGUCUGAAGACCUCUAAACCAUUGACAUGAUUCAUUCA